AUUUAUACGUACAGAAGACAUCUACAAAAGGUACUACAACAAUCGGCUCGUGAAGUUUUUGAACUAGCUAAAUAAGCAUUGUAACCACUUCUGACUGAACGUUGAGGAUUAAAACUGCAACAAUAAAUUUAUUGACAGUGUACACGAGUCAAUAGUAAUAUCUUAGAAUGUUUGGAAGUUGAAUUCGUCUGUCUUAUGUUUUCAGUUUGGCUGCAUAGAGCCGGCGUCGUUGUUAACCUUAGUGGUAACAGCGGCAAUUCGAGAUUGUUACAUUCAGAAAGUUUGGUAAAGUGUGCAUGUAAAAUGUAAAAAUAUGUGUGAUUUUUUUCUACUAUUACAAGGAAUCAUGGCAGAAAUAAAAUCGCUGUUUGUGCGAGUGCAAUAAUUGUCUUUGGUAUACUGUUAGCUUCUACGGAUUUAAUUAAACAACAUAGUCGACACAACGUUUCAGAUCAUGUCUGGCAUCAAGGGCAGCCAAAGUAAUCUAUCAUCAUCUUCAGCUCUGUCAUCUUCCAUGCAGCAUGGAACAUCAUUAACUGGUGGUGGAAGCAGUCUAGAGCAUUUAAGUUGUGAUGAAAGUAAUAUAUCAGCAAGAUCAGUAAGACAUGCCAAAAGAUGUCAUUUUUUCCGUAAUGCUGAUGUAUAUUUCAAAGGAGUAUCACUUGUUUUUCCUACAGAAAGGUAUAGGUCAUUUGAAAGUGUGUUUUCAGAGGUUACUCGUUCAUUAUCAAAGCAUGUAAACCUACCGACUGGAGUUAGAAAUUUAUACUCCUUAACUGGAAAGAAAAUCAUGUCACUUGAUGAUCUGGAGGAUGGGAAAAGCUAUGUUGCAGCAGGAUCAGGAGAACCAUUCAAACGACUGAAUUAUGUUGGUGUCAGGAGAGGUGCUCAUAAAACAAAGACAAAAAGUUUUCAAGCUAAUGAAUCUUUGCCAGUGAAACAGCAUUUUCCUUCUUACAUUUAUCCUCGUGUUAUAACUGUGGUGAGAAAUGGUACAAGACCAAGAAAAAUUGUACGUCUUCUAAUUAACAAGAGGAAUGCACCUUCUUUUGAUCAUACAAUUACAGUUAUAACGGAGGCUGUGAGACUUGAUACAGGCCCUGUGUUGAAAGUGUAUGCAGCUGAUGGAUCUCAGGUCACAUCACAUGAAGACUUUUUUAAAACAGAAGAUUUGUUUUUUGCUUACGGAUUGGAGAGACCGAGUAAGAGAGAUUUUGAGUUAGAUUAUGAAGAACGAAAGUGUAUUGAAAGCAUAAGGAGACACUCACGACGUGCUAAUAUUCACCUGAAAAGUGAGCAUGAGCGGAGCAGCAGGAACAUGGGACAUGUAUGUGAAAUGCCAAACCCUAUUCGCCAGCCUCUAAUAAAAUCUAAGAAACGGAAACAGCCAUUAUCGCACAAUACUGAAUCAGGACCAGUGUAUCCACCACUGAUUGAAUCUACAUAUGAGAUGGGACCGAUAAUUGGCGAAGGGAAUUUUGCCAUUGUUAUGCAGUGCCGAGAAAGGGCAACAGGUCAGGUGUAUGCACUGAAAGUUAUUGACAAAUCCAAAUGUGCAGGCAGAGAACACAUAAUUGAUAAUGAAGUAGCUGUUUUGCAUAAGCUAUAUCACCCAAACAUAAUACAUCUCGUUACUGAAUUCUUCACUGAUUCAUUCUUAUACCUUAUCAUGGAAUAUGUUGAGGGAGGUGAUUUAUUUGAUUGCAUAACAGCUCAGAGAAAAUUCAGUGAAAAGGAAGCUAGCUUCUUGUUAAAAGAUCUUGCCAGUGCUUUACAUUAUAUCCAUUCAAUGAAUAUUGUGCAUAGAGAUAUAAAACCAGAAAAUUUAUUGGUAGCAACAAAUCCCAGGGGGGAAAAGGUACUGAAAUUGGGAGACUUUGGACUGGCAUGUCAUGUUUCUGGACCCUUGUACACUGUUUGUGGGACACCAACAUAUGUAGCACCAGAAAUCCUUGAGGAAAAGGGCUAUGGAUUACAAAUUGAUGUUUGGGCAGCAGGAGUGAUAUUGUAUAUUUUGUUGUGUGGUUAUCCUCCAUUUGCGAGUCCUACAGGUGAUCAAGAAGAACUCUUUGACCGUAUACUGUCAGGAAACUAUGAAUUUAGUUCACCAUAUUGGGAUGAUGUAUCAGAGCUUGCAAAAGACUUAAUAUCUCAUAUGCUUCAAAUCCAGCCAGAAGUGAGAUUUUCAGCUGAAGAUGUAUUGGAUCACCAUUGGAUAAGAGUUGCACAACUAGAUGAAUGUGUUGAAGAACUUCAACUUGAUGACGGUGUGGCUGGGGCUGUCAGUAGGGUAUUUGGAGAAUGUCAGGACAAGCAACUACAGGCAAUGACAAUUAUUACCUAUUGACCCUUGAAAUAGGCUUCUCAAUGUAACUAGACUGCAGUAUUGCUUACAGACAGGAACACAACAUGGAAGAUAGCCCAAAUUUUCCACACCGAUCUUCGUGGAGAAGCCUCUAUGCAGAUAGGUCAACGGUAGCAGAGUUUGAAAGCACAAGGAAAAAAGUUUCACACUGCGUAUACAUCUUAAAGGAAACCAAUUACGUUUUACAUACGUCACAUUCGGCUGUACACAAGAUAUCAAAAGACAGUACUUCGUAAUUGAAGAUAAUAAAAGUGAAAGAAAGGAGAAUAAUCUUCCAGUGCUUCCAAUCAUUUUGAUAUUAACAGUCUUCUGGUAUUAUAUUGAUUAUGAAAAAUUUGAGGAGGUGGAAGAUGAAGCUUUAGUCUGAUGGCUGAUCAGGAUUAUAAGAUACAGGCAAACAUGUGUAGAGAAAAGUGAAUAAAAUUCAACUAUCUGGACAUCAUUCUCCAUGAACAUGACACGUGAAAGAAAGAAAGAUGGGAAAUUAGUAAACAUUUUUAAAUAGUUGUAACAAAUUUAUGAUUAUUUCUUAAAGCUUAAGUAAUGUGUAACAUUUUAAUGAUACACUGAUUACUCCAGUAGUAACACUUUAAUUAUUUCCAGAUUCCAUGGAUCGUAAUUGUGAGGCCCAACUAUGACGUAGAACAAGUCAGUAGUACAAUUAUAUUAAACUUUCUCAGUGAAAAAUAUGACACUAUGCUGAAUGUGGUUGUCGUAAGUUUUACAUAAAGUGAUUGAAAAGUUGUGCCGUUGCUGGAUUAAAUGAAUGGGUGUUCACUUCCCUUUGGUUUUGAUAUUUGUAUAUUCUAAAAACAUUGAUAUUCAUCACUGCCUGCAGAAAGUCACAAUCUUUUUAUUAUAA